ACGCCGAGACGUCGCUGCGCAGGCUAUGCUCCAAGCCCAUAGCAGCGAGUCGGCGUCAUCUGGUAGCUGUUGUCACGUGAUCCUGAGAGUCUGUGUAUGUGUCUAUCUGUCAAGGAUUCCAUUCUCGAACGUGGAGCGUUAUGGAAGCUAAUCCCUUAGCCAAUGGCCGCCUGUGCCUGUCUCUGUUUAUAUUUACAUUACUGUGCUUAGAGCGCUCUGCCGGGUUUUAUCUCCCAGGCUUGGCUCCUGUAAGUUUCUGCGAGGAAAACUCGGAGACUGACAACUGCAAGUCACAGAUUAAACUGUUUGUCAACCGUUUGGAUUCUGUGGAAUCUGUUCUUCCGUAUGAGUAUGAUGCCUUUGAUUUCUGCAAAGAUGAACAUGAAGAAUGGGCUUCCGAGAACCUUGGACAAGUGUUAUUUGGAGAAAGAAUUGAAUCAUCCCCAUAUAAGUUUACAUUCAAGAAACCAGAAACAUGUGCAAAAGUUUGUACCAAGACAUACACAACCAAAGACAAAAUAGCAGCUCUUGAAUUCAUGAAAAAGGGAAUUGAGCUUAACUAUCAACAACAUUGGAUCAUAGACAAUAUGCCAGUGACUUGGUGUUAUGACGUGGAGGUUGGGCAAAAGUACUGCAGGCCUGGCUUCCCUAUUGGUUGUGCUAUUGCAGAAGAUGGAAGAAUCAGAGAUUCUUGUAUUCUAAAUAACCAAUUUAGCAAAAAGAACACAUUCUACCUCUUCAAUCAUGUUGAUAUAAUCAUUACCUAUCACAGUGGGAAUGGAGAAAAUUGGGAAGGAGCAAGAUUGGUUUCAGCAAGACUUGAGCCCAAAAGCUACAAGCAUACCAAAAAUAAUUUAAAUUGUGAUGGUCCUCCAAUGGAAAUUCCUCAAAAACUUACUGGUGAUCUGGAUGUAAUAUACACAUAUUCUGUGAAAUUUCAAGAAAAUAACACCAUUAAGUGGGCUUCUCGAUGGGAUUAUAUUUUAGAAUCCAUACCUCACACCAAUAUUCAGUGGGUCAGUAUAAUGAAUUCCCUGGUUAUUGUCCUUUUCCUGUCUGGCAUGGUGGCGAUGAUUAUGCUAAGAACUCUUCACAAAGAUAUUGCAAGAUAUAACCAAAUUGAGUCUUCUGAGGAUGCACAAGAAGAAUUUGGUUGGAAGUUGGUACAUGGUGAUAUAUUUCGAUCACCAAAGAAAGGGAUGCUGCUUGCUGUUUUUCUUGGCCAAGGAACUCAGAUUUUCAUUAUGACAUUUAUCACAUUAUUCCAAGCGUGUCUUGGUUUCCUGUCGCCUGCUAACAGAGGAGCCCUAAUGACAUGUGCUGUUGUCUUGUGGGUACUGCUUGGAACUCCUGCAGGUUAUGUGUCUGCCAGAAUGUACAAGACAUUUGGAGGCGAGAAAUGGAAAUCAAAUGUACUGUUAACAUCAUUUUUAUGCCCUGGGAUAAUUUUUGCAGAUUUAUUCAUUAUGAAUAUUAUCUUAUGGCAGAAAGGUUCAUCUGCUGCAAUUCCAUUUGGCACACUGGUGGCCAUUCUAGCAAUGUGGUUUGGUAUCUCUGUCCCAUUAACCUUUCUUGGGGCAUACUUUGGAUUCAAGCAAAGGGCAAUUGAACACCCUGUUCGAACAAAUCAGAUACCCCGUCAAAUCCCACAGCAAUCCUUCUUCACAAAAUCAUUCCCUGGCAUCAUUAUGGGUGGAAUUUUGCCCUUUGGGUGCAUUUUCAUUCAGCUGUUUUUCAUUCUCAAUAGUAUUUGGUCUCAUCAAAUGUACUAUAUGUUCGGUGUCCUGUUUCUGGUAUUCAUAAUACUCCUGAUUACUUGCUCAGAAGCUACCAUCUUACUGUGUUACUUUCAUCUUUGUGCCGAGGAUUACCAUUGGUGGUGGCGAUCAUUUUUGACAAGUGGCUUCACUGCUUUUUACCUUUUUGUGUAUGCAAUUCAUUAUUUUUUCUCUAAGCUGCAAAUAACAGGAACUGCCAGCACCAUUUUGUACUUUGGGUACACUCUGAUUAUGGUUUUAAUUUUUUUCCUGUUUACAGGUACAAUUGGAUUUUUUUCUUGCUAUUGGUUUGUGAAGAAGAUUUACAGUGUCGUAAAAGUCGAUUAAACAAGUUUGCAAGAAUACAGUGGAACAGAUAUGGAUCUUACAGGACUUUUUUUUGUGUGACAAUUUCUAAUUAUGUGAAAACACAACUGUUCGUAUGGCACAAAAAAAAAUAGACUUUACAUCUGCCCGAGUUGAGCACUUUUGAAAACUGUGUUUACAGCAUCCUAUCAUCUUGUGUGUUGUGUUUUUUUUUUUUUUUAAAACAUGUUUUUUGUUUUAACUGUAAAUUAGAUUUGUUACACAAUGACUGUUUCCAAUUUGCCCAUGACCAGUGAAUUUAAUCAUGAAUGUCUUAUGCUACUGUAUGAUGUCACAUUGUGCUGUGAUGGCAAAAGGUACGCUAUAAACAUCAAAUACAGUUAGAAAUGUACUGCUAAUAAUCAAAGUUGUAAUGUGCCUUUCAAAUCAUAAGAGAUUUAUUUGUGAAAAAAAAUGCAAAUUAUUUUCCUAUUUGUUACUUUCUGUAUUUGAAAGAGCAGUUGUAAUUUUCUUUUAUUUAAAGCGAUUGUCCAUUUUUAAUUUUGUUCCUUUAACAUAUUACAUAAUGCAAGUGUUAAACUGCACAACAUUGGGAGAUCUGUUUUUUACUGUCCAUAUUAGAAGCUAUGUACAUAAAGUAGAUGAGAUGUGUUUGCUUUCUGACAUCCUCUUGCUGCAUCCUUACAUUGUAAACGGUUUAUUACUGGGGGGGGGCUCAAUAUUUUAUAGAAAUAAAAUACAAACUACUUUCUACAGACUAAAACGCAUGGCAUUCAUUUGUAGGCCUACCUAUGACUUAUCUGGCAAACAACUUGAGACUGGUACAGUAAUCCGGUGUGGAGCCCAGUCACUCUAGCUCAUGUUUGUCAAGCUGAAUAAUGACCUAUUGUUAAAAUAUGACUAGUCUUGUGUGUAGAAUAGGUGCACCACUUCUGCAACAGAGGUGAAUGGUUGUAAUUUGGUAAUCACUGUCCUAUGAGUGGAAAUGCAUUUUGGUAAGCCUAUUGUCCAGUCCUAUUUCCACUGUCAGUCUUGUAUCUUAUUGUGGAC